CUCGCCUGUGCCUCUCGCUGGGUCCCUCUCCCGGGUGUCGUCGCCCUCCCCGGGAGCCCGCGAGGCGCAGGGGGCGGGGGAUGCAGCUCGGCGGCGGCUGGAGCAGGAACCGGAGCAGCGGCGGCGGCAGCCUCGGGGGGCGGAGGCGGGCGGGCGGCGCAGGGGAGAGGGGAUGUGCAUAGGGCGCCGGGGCCAUGUCCAAGGUAACGGGGCCCGCGGCCCCCGGGCCGGCUGUGGCCGCGGGGCCGGUGCCGAGCGGGAAGGAGAAGCGCUCCUUCAGCAAGAAGCUGUUCCGGAGCGGGCGGGCGGGCGGCAGUGGCAGCGGCUCCCCGGCCUCGCCCUCCUCCGCCCGCUCGGUGGGCAGCUUCAUGAGCCGGGUCCUGAAGACGCUGUCCACUCUGUCGCACUAUAGCUCCGAGAGCCCCCCGCUGCCCGGCCGCGGACGAGCCCCCAGCGGCGCGCUCGGCCCCGUGGGCUUUCGCAGCUGCUUCCCGCCGGGGCCCGGGCCGGGGCCGGCCGCCCCGCCCCAGCGCUGCCAGCAGCAGCAGCAGCAGCCGCCGCCGCCGCCCCCCGCCGCGCCCACGCCGCCGCCCCCGGCCGAGCUGCUGUGCCUGGCCGGGGGCGACCCGGUGCCCGGCGUGGCGGGGCUCAAGAACCACGGCAACACCUGCUUCAUGAACGCCACCCUGCAGUGCCUCAGCAACACGGAGCUCUUCGCCGAAUACCUGGCCCUGGAGCAGUACCGGGGCGGCGGCGAGCAGGAGACCCCCGCCUCAUCGGUCCCAGAGGACGGCCACCAGGCCAACGGACUCCCCUUCUCCCGCAGCCAGCAGGGCAAGGGCGAGGUCACGGAACAGCUGGCACACCUGGUGCGGGCGCUGUGGACCCUGGAGUACACCCCGCAACACAGCCGGGACUUUAAGAGUAUUGUCUCAAAGAAUGCACUACAGUAUCGAGGGAAUUCCCAGCAUGAUGCCCAGGAGUUUCUGCUAUGGCUUUUGGACCGUGUACAUGAAGAUCUCAACAAUUUUGUGAAACAGAGUGGCCGGCCUCCUUUGAAGCCUCCAUUAGAAGAUGAUGUAGUGCCUGAAGGACUCUUUCCAGUCAGUAGCACUUUUGUACAAGAACUUUUUCAAGCCAGUUUAAGAUCCUCUUUGACUUGUCCUCAUUGCCAGAAGCAGAGUAAUACCUUUGAUCCUUUCCUCUGCAUUUCUUUGCCAAUUCCUCUGCCCCACACAAGGCCUCUUUAUGUCACGGUUGUGUAUCAAGGAAAAUGCUCUCACUGCAUGAGAAUUGGAGUGGCUGUGCCUCUGUCUGGGACUGUAGCUAGGCUUCGGGAAGCAGUGUCUGUGGAAACAAAGAUCCCUACUGAUCAGAUUGUGUUAACGGAAAUGUACUAUGAUGGGUUCCAUCGCUCCUUUUGUGACACAGAUGAUCUGGAAACAGUGCAUGAGAGUGAUUGCAUUUUUGCCUUUGAGACUCCAGAGAUAUUUAGGCCUGAAGGAAUUCUCAGUCAAAGAGGAAUGCAUCUAAAUAACAACCUGAAUAACUUGAAGUUUGGCAGUGACCACCAUAGAAUAUCUUCUCAUGCACAGACAGCUACAAAACAAGGGAAGCCGGACCUACCCUCCACAAGAACAGGAAAUGACAAGAUUGUUCUGCUUGUGUGUAAUAGAGCAUGCACUGGGCAGCAGGGGAAAAGAUUUGGACAACCCUUUGUGCUACACUUAGAGAAAACAAUAGCAUGGGAUCUCUUGCAGAAGGAGAUCUUGGAGAAGAUGCAGUAUUUUUUGAGGCCUACAGUUUGCAUUCAGGUGUGCCCAUUUAGUUUGCGUGUUGUCAGUGUUGUGGGAAUAACAUACUUGCUACCGCAAGAGGAGCAACCCCUGUGCCACCCAACUGUGGAAAGGGCAUUAAAAUCAUGUGGACAAGGUGGUACUGCUCAUGUAAAGUUAGUAGUGGAAUGGGACAAAGAGACAAAAGAUUACUUGUUUUUAAAUACAGAAGAUGAAUAUGUUCCUGAUGCAGAAAGUGUCCGUCUGCAGAAGGAACAUCAUCACCAGCCUCAGACUUGCACUUUAUCACAGUGUUUCCAACUGUACACCAAAGAGGAACAGCUUGCCCCAGAUGAUGCUUGGCGUUGCCCACAUUGUAAGCAGCUGCAGCAAGGGAGCAUAACAUUAAGCCUGUGGACCUUGCCUGAUGUGCUUAUUAUACAUCUGAAGAGAUUUCGACAGGAGGGUGACAGGCGAAUGAAGCUUCAGAACAUGGUGAAAUUUCCUCUCACUGGCCUGGAUAUGACGCCUCAUGUGGUAAAACGGAGCCAGAGCAGCUGGAGCCUUCCAUCCCACUGGUCCCCCUGGAGGCGCCCCUAUGGAUUAGGGAGAGAUCCUGAGGACUACAUCUAUGAUCUUUAUGCUGUGUGUAAUCACCAUGGGACCAUGCAAGGGGGGCAUUAUACAGCAUACUGCAAGAACUCCGUGGAUGGUCUCUGGUAUUGCUUUGAUGACAGUGACGUACAGCAGUUGUCUGAGGAUGAAGUUUGUAAGCAGACAGCGUAUAUACUUUUCUACCAGAGACGAACAGCUAUACCAUCAUGGUCAGCCAACAGCUCUGUGGCAGGUUCCACAAGUUCUUCACUGUGUGAACACUGGGUAAGCCGGCUUCCAGGGAGUAAGCAAGCCAGCGUCACUUCUGCAGCUUCUUCCAGACGCACAUCACUGGCUUCGCUCUCAGAGUCGGUGGAGUUGACUGGGGAAAGAAGUGAAGAUGAUGGUGGGUUCUCCACUCGACCAUUUGUAAGGAGUGUCCAGCGACAAAGUUUGUCAUCCAGGUCCUCUGUCACCAGCCCAUUGGCCGUCAAUGAAAAUUGCAUUAGACCCUCUUGGUCCCUAUCUGCUAAGCUGCAAAUGCGUUCUAACUCUCCAUCCCGUUUUUGUGGUGACUCUCCUGUGCAUACCUCUGCCUCCACCUUGGAGAAGAUAGGGGAGGCAGUAGACGAUAAGGUCUCUGUCUCUUGCUUUGGCAGCUUAAGGAACCUGUCAAGUAGCUACGUGGAGCCAAGUGAGAGCCACAGCAGGCGUGAGCACAGGGCCGUGGGUAGGGCUCCUCUGGCUGUAAUGGAAAGUGUAUUCAGAGAUGAGUCAGUUACCAGGAAAGUGACCUCGAGUCUCUCUGAUACACAGAGCAAAAGCUCGGCACCCGGGGAUCGAGUACAUCCUGUUUCGGAUCCCUUUGAUAACAAUAACCAGAUAGCAUAUGUGGAUCAGAGUGAUUCUGUUGACAGCUCCCCAGUCAAAGAGGCAAAGACCCCAAGUGGCUCUGGCUUACUUGUGGAGAAGUCAGACAGCACAACUAAGAAGUCCCCCAGCUCCAAAGGGGUUUCUGAGCCAGAUAAAAGCCUGAGGAAAGGGAGGACAGUCUUGGCUCGCCAGGAAUCCUCUCUUUCAAACUCAUCACCCACUUCUCCUGUUCCCUUAAAAAGUUCUGUAAAGACUUCCCGCUCUAGAAGCAGAGCAGAACCUUCCCAAGCCAGUGGGCGACACGCAUCUCCUGUUCCUGGCCAGUCCAAAAAGGAGUCGUCUACAAAAUCCCAGGACACUGUGGCCGUUCAGCAGAAGCAAAAGUUAACUUCCUCCCCGGCUUCUAUUUCUUCCUCUACAGCUGCCAAAAAACCCCCCUUGGGCUCUGCCACCAGGGGUCCCUCCUCUGCUGGGAAGAGUAGGACUUCAGACAGAAGCCUGAGCCGAGAAGGCUCCAAAGCUAGCCUUGGCUCUGAUAGAGCCAGUGUCACAUCCACCUCCAAACCAAACUCCCCCCGGGUGGGUCAGUCUAAGGGAGGGGAGGGCAGAAUGGAUGGAAAGCAUGUCAGGAGUUCUUCCAUGGCCAGCCUGCGGUCUCCUAACCCAGGCAUGAAGUCAGGUUUGAAGAGGGACAGCAAGUCAGAAGACAAGGGACUGUCCUUCUUCAAAUCAGCCCUGAGGCAGAAGGAGACACGCAGGUCAACCGAUCUUGGGAAGACCACAUUGCUCACCAAAAAAUCAGGCGGAGGUUCCACCAAAUCGAUCAGCAAAAAUACGGCGGAUGAAAAGUCAGAGAAAGGCAGCCAGCCGCCCUCUUCCCAGCAGCCAAAUGCAAAUACUGUUUCAAAAGAGCAGCCUGCUUCCAAGGAUUCUGCUUCUGUAAAACAUUCCUUGCUUUCUACCCGCAGAUCCAAGUCUUCCCAUCUAGAUCCUGGAAAUCCCUUGUCUCCUAGUAGCAAGCAGUCUGCUGAGAAAUCUUUAAAAAAGUUACCUUCUAGCAUGCACACCUCUGCACGGCCUUCUCAAAAACCUCAGUGAGAUUUCUGCAAACCAGGCAUUUUAUCUGUAAAGACAUUUAUUUAUUCAGAAUUGAGAACUAUUUUCAUUCCCUUUCCUUGACAUUUCCCCUGCCCUCCACCCUGCUUUCAUUUUGUAAUUUUGGGUUCGUGUGCCUAAUGUGUGUGUGAGGAAGAGGAGAACUAAACUUUCAGUGUGCUGAUGUGUCUCCUUAUUCUGCCAUCAAACCAAAUAAUAGCCAUUAGGCAAAGAAAGCAGUGCUACCAAGUUAACUGGAAUAAUUGUCAAAAGCAUAAUCCUGGACUGCCUCUUAGCACUUGUGCAUAUUUCUAGUGAAAUGCCACAACUUUUUGUCAGACACUAGGGUUUUGAAACCUGUGAACCAGUUAUGCUGUAAGUAGUAUAUGCUCUGUAGAACUGUGAAAUAAUCUUAUUUUGGGUUUUUGCCUGAGCAGAAAUUAUCCUCAUUGAUUUGCGGAUUGUUGUCUAGGGUGGCGAGAUGUAGAAGCUAACAGUGAAACUCAGAGACUGUUGCUGCUUCUGCUCUUGCCCUGGUCUUCAAUCUUUUUUAAAGGGCAAUAUUUUAACACUAAUGUUGUUUCUCAGGUAUAUACUCAGCUAGUAUAAGAGGGAUGAGCAUUAGUGAAUGAACUGAAUAUAAAAGUAACCUUUCAUGUGUGAAUGUAUGUAAUUUUCUCUUAGCAUCAUGGAUGUAAGCUUUUUGAGAUGUAAAGAAUCCUUUGUUACUGUCAUAUUGGUGAAGAUGUGUGUAUACCUUAGCUGGCUAUCUCUUGACUCUUGGACAUUGUGCUAAGAGAUGGUGAAUUGGAUAGCAAGAAGCUAGUCAGUAUCCAUUCUUUUUUUCCCCCCAUUGGAGUUCUGAAAUAUAGCCACUCAUCGGCAUCUUCUAAGUUGUACCUUGAUGAUAGUUUUUUUUUUUUUAAACUGGAAACAUGUACCUGGUGGUGUGAAUGGUGCCUGGGUGAUGUAUAGAUGUACCACUCUCCCUCUUUGGCUGCCUCUCCUUGUCUGUAAACAGAAGAAUCAAAUUCUUGCCUUUUGGAGGUGUGCUUCUGUUUCUGUAUCUCUCAGCCCAAUGCCAAAAGUCAGCAAUGCAGUAUCAAGGCUCAGUGUAACAAAUUAUUAAAUACCUUUUAAAAAAAUGUUUCUUUGUAAGGCUUGAUUAUAACCGUGUUUUCCAGUAAAAAAAUUCCUUUCCCUUGCUGUGACAGUUUUUAUCCCCCUUGAUCCCCUCCCCAAAUCUAUAGUAAUAGCUAUAAAGCUCAUUCCACGAGGCAACAAAUUACCUUUCUCAUUUCAAAAAUGAAAGCAUCCCCCACUUUGCUCAAUUUACAGUGCUCACACGAAUGCCGCAUUUAUUUUCUUAAGUUGUAUAGGCAUACUCUGACUUCAGGCUUCUCUGCCUUAUGAGAGCUGUGAAACAGACUUUGUCACUUUGCCACAAUUGUAUUGUCACAGUACAGAGUGGGAUAUGCUGUGCCUCGGUUUGCAUGUUUUCCCAUGUCAAUGUUUUUCCAACCCAUAAAUUCACCCAACUCUACAUGAACUUUAAGUAUCCAGACCCAUUUGUAAUCUUUCCUACUUAACAACUAGAGCAAUUAGCUUUAUUCAUCCUCUUUGUGUCGGGGGAGGAUGGGAAAAUGUUGGGAAAUGUUGGCAUCGGGUCACUUGUCUUACAUAAUGGCUACUUUGAGCUUCAAGGUGACUAAUAAACCUGGAGACCAUUCAUGUAAGGGUAGCCAAAGAUCUAAGCCCUUGCAAUAUGUAAAAUUCUUUUAUAUUCAGCUGUGUGAAUAUUUCUGUAAUAUUUAAUGUAUUUCAUUUAUCAUGACCUUGUUGGCAAUAGCACCCUGCCUGAUAAUCCCAGUUUGAUUGCUAUUUCUGCUCUGUGUAGUGUAGGCAUCUAUCCCAUGCCAAAGCAGUGUUGCUCUCUGGUUCUCCUAUUAUUUGCCUUCUGGACUACUUUUACUUUUCCUCAGAACAAUAUUUUGAAUCCAAUGUGACUAUAACACCCUUCUCUAGGUACAGUGUAGAUUUUCUGUAUUAAAAAUGGCAUAAGAUGUGAACAGUGUCAGACACAGCUGGAUGCUUUUUCAUGAAGCCCCCAUUCCUUUGGAUAUAGAGCAGGUUUGAUUUGGAAGGGUCAGAUUGCCAAAAUUUUAAAGCAGCUUUAGAGUAGUUACAAGAAUUUCUUUUGGAGGGGAAUUAUUUUGGCAAUUAUCAGUGAAAUAGUUAAAACUGAAUAGAAAUUAGCUUCACUUCCAGACAAACUUAAAUUUUAAAAUUUUUGUUGGUUUUGUAUGGGAAUGGGAAAAAAAAAACCCAAACCCAACCUUUAAAUUCGAGGAGAUAAUUGCUUUGAGCUCAAUUAUAAUUUUUCAUUAUGCAUUAAUAUUAUCUAGCCAGUAGGACUGGUUCCCCUUUCUGGUCAGCUAAAAACACACAUAACUAUUCUUUUGGGAGUGAUUAUGUCAUUGUCUUGACAUUUUGAUGCUAUUUGAUAUCCACUAAUUUUCAUAGUUGAUUAAAAAAUGAAAAUUUGAUAAAAUAACAAAUAUUUAAUUAUCUUAAACUACUUCAUGCUUUAAGGAUAGCAGACAGUGAACACAGAGAAAGGACAGAGAAUUGUUGUAUCCAAGAAUGUUUUGCUAAAAUUCUUCAAGGAUUGGCAUGAAAAGAUUGGUUAAAAACAAAAACAAUUCAGUUUUUUUAAAAACAUGGGCCAGAUUUUUUUUUCUAUUGACAAUUUGGAUAAGGUGCUUGCUCAUUUGUUUGGGUGAACAAUUAUCUAUAUAGAUCAUCAUGGUCUUGUGUUUAUGAGAGCUGUUUAGAAAGGUGUGGUUAUGGGGGCAGCUAGAUGGCGCAGUGGUUAAAGCACUGGCCCUGGAUUCAGGAGUACCUGAGUUCAAAGCCAGCCUCAGACACUUGACACUUACUAGCUGUGUGACCCUGGGCAAGUCACUUAACCCCCAUUGCCCCACAAAAAAAAAAAAAAAGAAAGGUGUGGUUACAAGUAAUUAUUACUUGGUAAGCACAAAGAAAUCACUAACAAGUCCUGUAACUAGAGCAAACCCACAGUACUUUUAUUAUUGUUGUUAUUUUUAUUGAUGUCUUUGGCAUUGUUCACUUUGAGAUAGAAUUGGGAAUAUCCAGAUUCUGCCCUCCUCCCUUUUGAUAAGGAGAUAUGAUGGUAAAGAAACAUUAUUUUCUAUUGUCUUUUCAUUCCCAUAAGCCCUUUACUGCAUGCCCUUUUUCCUAAUCCUUAUAGCAACCUUGUGCCAAGUCAGUAACACUUCACACUGGACACAUAGAAGUGACUGUUAGAAUAUUUGUGAUUUGGUAAAUGUAGUCAUUUGAAAGGCUGCCUUGAAAUUUCUUAUUCAAUGCAUAAAAUAUACUGAAAGGGAUAUUUAUGUAAAAACUUUGUAAAUUCACUUCUCAAGUUAGCUUUACUUUAGCUCAGGGGCAUCUAGAGUACAGCCCAUGGACCAAAAGAAGUCCAUGCAGCCCUAAGUGGGGCCACCCUCCCUAACAUAGAAAUCUGUUUUGCAGAUCUUGCUGAAUUAGUUUCUACUAGGAAGGGUAGUUCUUGUGACCAAUUCUCUUUUAUAGAGUAGUUAUAACCCAUUUCAUUUUAUGGAAAGUGGAUGUAAUCUUCAUUUACCCAUCAAUCCACUCUAUGUCUUCUCAUUGGUUUGAUUCUUCUGCAGCCCAGCAAUGAAGCUCUUUAACUAGAUUCCUUACACUAGAAUUUGGUCCUUCCAUGUUUGAGGUGAAUGUUUGAUUUGAUUUGUUUUUUGAAAGAGAAGAAAACAAAACCUAUUUUUCUUCAAAAUAGUUUCCAAGGAAAAAGAUGUGGCAAAAGGGAACAGCUGGCUGCAGCUUUUAAUGGAAAGUGGAGCACUGGGGAAUGAGCUCCUUUUUUCCAAAUGAGGAAGCCAUGGAUUUAAAGUGUAGAUUUUCAUUUGCUCUAUAAAUUUCAUCCUGAUACAUUGUCUUUUUAGAUCAUUGUGCAAUUAAGGUCUUUUUGGGGUGGGGGGGACAGAGGGUUGUCCAGUUCCAAAGUUGUUGUAGUUCUAUGAUAGAAAGAAAUUAGUAUUUCUGGGCUGGAUUUUAGUGAUACUAGUUAAUAGUAUGCAAAUCAUAAGCACAUUUUCAGUGGAAAAACAAGCAAACCCAAACAACAACCCCUUAUACUAUGUAAGGCACUUUGACCUUUGCCUUAGUGGUGGAGCUGAGAAAUACACAUUUUAAUGACAAAUUGGUGCCUAUAUCUUUCUAAACAUGAAGUAUAUGUGUCACUCUACAAGGUUUUUGUCCCUUUUGUUCACAAAUGGUUUGUUGUAGCUUAGUCAGACCAUAUGCUUUAGAUGGAAACCCGACACUUUGAUUAUAGGACGUCUAAGCUUCCUCCUCCUUGCUCCCUCCUCCAUCACCAUCUCCAACACACCCCAUUUCCUUUUGUUCAGCUCCCAAAAUGUAGAACUUUUGGCUUUCCACAGCUGUAAUUUGAGCAUGACCCGCUGCAACGUCCCCCCCCCCC